CAAUUUGAGGUGGAAUAAGUUGCAAGAUGUCAUUCCUCCUGAAAUAGGUGAACUAAAGAGUCUAACCCAUCUAUACUUGAGUUUCAAUAUUUCAAAGGAGAAAUCCCCAAAGAAUUAGCUAAUCUUCCUCUGCUACGUUACCUUUAUCUACAUGAAAAUCGUUUUAUUGGGUGAAUUCCACCAGAAUUGGGCACUCUGCAACAACUCCGACAUUUGGAUGCUGGUAACAAUCAUUUGGUGGGAACUAUUAGGGAACUAAUACGUAUUGAGGGAUGCUUUCCAUCUCUUCGCAACCUUUAUCUGAAUAAUAACUACCUUACGGGUGGAAUCCCAGCUCAGCUAGCAAACUUGACUAAUUUGGAAAUCUUGCAUUUAUCAUACAACAAAAUGUCUGGGUAUCAUACCAUCUGGACUUGCUCAUAUUCCCCGAUUGACUUCCUUGUAAGUUUAUUUUUGAAUUUUCUGUCCACUCUACAAAUGUGAUCCAGUUAUGUAUGAGAAGUUCUAUUUUUGCAAUGUAUCUAGAGGAAUUUCCUCUUUCUAAGAGCAAUACACAUAAAUUUGGCAGUUCGGAUUUUAAGUCUGGACUUUUUUAGCUACACUUUCUGGGCAUACUAUUCAUUGGAUCACAAUUUGGCUGAUGUGAUUGUAUGGUUUGAAAUAGUCACAUAUCAUGUCUUCAUGACAAGAAGGGCAAGACAAAUCUAUAUAAUAAAACACAUCAGUUUUUGAAAAAUGUUGUGUGCUAUAGUUUGGGGUUAAGAUUGAAUAAAUCUAACGGUUGGUGUUAUUUCCCUACUGAUGAAGUACCUUUAGGCACGGGCAAUUUUGCUAGUGGUCAAUAUUACAAUUGAAUAUUGAAAAGUUAUUUGGAUU